GCAGCAGUGCUGUUAGCGGUGCGGGACAUGACUACACCCAUACACCCAGAAGGCUAAUGCUGAACAAGAGACGGUCAUCCCGGAUGAAGAAGAGUCUCCACUCCUGUCUAUUUCUACUGAGGGGACUCCAUGUAAAGAAAAGCUUCAAAAAAAAGCGCAACUUGCAACACCUCGAGGUGAGAGGAGAAGCAGCGGUUGUGAUAAUGACAUCGUUGAUGUUCUUUCAAACCUGAUUAACACCGGCUUUGAUGCCACGGAGAAACUGAUUCAUGACAACUCGCUAAAAAUUGAGGGCAUCGCUUGGGAAGACUGAUAGAAAACGAGAACAAACCGAGAGGAAUCAUUCUCCAGUUUUCGUCCAGAACCUACCGAGACGCCGUGUGGAAAGCCGCGAAAAAGAAUUCCAUCCUACAGGAGCGCCAUCUACGGCGGAGCGGGAAAGCAGAGCAUCGCCGAGGCUUUGGUCCAAGCAGCUAGAAGAGAGGGGAAAGUCGCCUACUACGCGGGUGGGCGUGGCUACAUCAAUGAGAGGCGGGGCUUUGAUGCUGUACUACCCUGUCUGGAUGGCAACAAUCACAGAACCUAAAACUGGCUUCGAAUCUCCCACUAAAAACCAACGGAUCACGUGAACACCAGGAUUCAUUCACUUUAAAGACACCUGUUUGGGACCCAGCACCUAGUGGCCCACAGUGGUACUGCAAUUCCAGGUGGGAAAAAGUCUUCCACACAGAUUACAGCUUUGACACCUUGAUCUCAGAGGAAGCUUUGGGAGGCAAACAUGAGUAUUUCUGGAGAUCAAAGCUGAGCGGGUCAGGCACGUGGCUGUGAACAAGCCCGGACUCUUCUGGGAUUGCAGAUCCCAGUCCAUUAAUCUGAGCAGCAGACAGAGGGGCUGUAAAAGAGGAGAACUUCCACUUCCUGUUUGCUCUCUCUGUCCAUUGUGGCUUCAGUGAAGCUGAAACAGACUGACGAGAGAAGCUCCAGCUGCUGCAGGCUGCAGAUGAAGAGGUGAGGGGAUGAAUCUGAAGACUGACGGGAACUCAGACACCUCGACUCUGCAUCUGAGAGAUCAGUGAAGGAGGAGGCAGCAUGGAGGCUGUCAGCCCUUCUCUGCUGCUGCUGCUGCUAACCAUCAUGGCAGCAGUCUGUGCUCGCUCCCUGGUCUUGGUAAACUCUGGAGUUCAGGUGCCCAGAGGCCGCAUGGUUUUCAUUACAAACUCUGAGCUGAGCAUCGUCGCCGACGCGGAUGCCGACUGCAAAGUGGAAGUGGUGCUGAACGAACCGGUGACUCAGAGAGUGGGGAAGCUGAGUCCACAGGUGUUUGACUGCAACUUCCUGGAGGAUGAAGUGAAGUACGUCCACAACGGCAGUCCUCUGCUGGACGAGGACACGGUGAUGCUGAGAGUCUACAGCUUCAGGUCUGUGGAUACUCAGAUGGAGGUGGUGAUCUUCAGGGUCCAGGUGGUGGAGACCCGGUCUGGUCUUGUGAUUCUGGGCAGCACGCCACUCGUGGUUCCUCAGUUCUUGGGCUUAUCUAACCCCAUCAACAGCUCUGUGUUGACCAUCAAGGCUGCUGCCGACCGCAUCUGCACUGUCAGGUUAAUGAUCAGCGACACCAGCGUCCCGUCGGCAGGUCAACUGGUCAGGGAGGACAACGCCCCUCAGAGGAAAGGUCGACAGGUGGCGCUGUGUCCUGGAAACAAACCCUGUCUUCAUGACACAGAGACACUCCGUCACCUAAAAACCAGCUGCCAGGACUUCUUAAGCCUGGGUCUGAAGUACCAACACCUCAGUCCUCCGACCCCACAGAUCGACUACGUUUCCUUCAGAGUGGAGCUGCGAGAGCAGGCUACCAGGGCUCUGCUGGAGUCGGAAGCAGUGUGGCUGCCAGUUCUGAUCCACGGUGCGAUGCAGAACCAACCCCCCAAAGCCGGAUUCAUGGCUUCCUUCAUCCUGGAGGUGGACCAGUUUAUCCUGACUCCGUUCACCACCGCAGCUUUGGACGCCGAGGACCACGAGUCACCGCAGGACAAGCUGGUCUUCAACGUGACGGUCCCACCAGGGGAGGGCUACAUCACCCACCUGGAUGACCACACCCGACCCAUUCACUCCUUUAGCUGGUUGGACCUCCACCACCUGAAGGUGGCAUACCAGCCACCCAACAACACCUCCCCCCACCGCCGGGACUUUGAGGUGGAGUUUCAGGCGAUAGACUCCUCCUUCCUUCGCAGUCCACCCAUGCUGGUGCACAUCUCCAUUAGGCCAUCAGAAACCAGCGCCCCCAGGGUGUCCUGGAACCUGGGUCUGGACCUGCUGGAGGGUCAGUCCCGGCCAAUCACGUGGGAGGAGCUGCAGAUCGUGGACAGCGACAACAUCAAUGCGGUGUUCCUGGUGGCGGUGGAUGGCCCUCAGCACGGACGGCUCAGUGUGAGGGGAGGAAAGGCGUUCAUGUUUCAAGUACGAGACCUGAAAGAGGGUGUGGUCGUCUACCACCACUCUGACAGCGACACCACCCACGACCACAUCGUGUUCCGCAUCAGCGAUGGCCGCCACAGCAUCCGACACAAGUUCCCCAUCAACAUCCUCCCGAAGGACGACUCUCCGCCUUUCCUCAUCAACAACGUGGCAGUGGAGGUGCAGGAGGGCGGAGCCGUGCGGCUCGAGGAGUUCAUGCUUCUCGCCUCAGACCUCGACUCCAGCGAUGACCACAUCCUGUUCCAGGUCGUCGCCCCACCUCAGGCGGGGCAGCUGAUCAGGAGAAUCUCCACUCUAGAGAACGCCGUACCAGUGGAUCAUUUCCUGCAGAGGGACCUGACCCAAGGUCAGAUCUUCUACCAGCACUCAGGAGAGGAGACAUUUCUGGAUUCCUUUGACUUCACUCUGGCUGACAGUCACCAGCCGCCACACCUUUCUCAGACAUAUACCAUGGUGGUCCACAUCUUCCCUGUGAAGGACCAGCUGCCAGUGGAGGUUCCUGGCAGCGUCCGCUCACUUACAGUUAAGGAGACAGAGGUCGUCUUCAUCACGCAGGCUCACCUCCACUUCACAGACUCAGAGGACCCAGAGGCAGACCUCACCUUCAUCAUCACACAGCCGUGCUUCAGCCCAACGCGUCCUGAGAUGAUGGACGCAGGUCGUCUGAUCUACAGCGACAGCACCAACGCCAUGAAGAAAGACAACAUGGUGCCAGGCCUGAAGUCCUUCACACAGCAUGCAGUGGGCCACAUGAAAGUGGCCUUCAUGCCUCCCGUGGAGGACAUCGGUGUCGACCCGCUCUUUGUCCAGUUUGUCUUUUCUGUGACCGACCAGCACGGUGGCACCAUCUCCGGGCUCACCUUCAACAUUACCGUCACCCCCGUGGACAACCAGAAACCGGAGGCUUUCACCAACUUGCUGCAGGUGGAGGAGGGGGGAGCCACCUUUGUGACAGAGGAGCACCUGCUGGUCCAGGACCGGGACAGCCGGGAGGAGACCCUGAGGGUGGAGGUCCAGAACACCGCUCUUCAUGGUCAACUGGAGCUCCAGGGUCGUGUUCUGCUGAAGGGAGAUGGGUUCAGUCUGCAGGAUCUGAGAGGUCUGCGCCUCAGGUACGUCCAUGAUGACUCGGAGACCACUGAGGAUGAGGUGGGUCUGAAAGUGACAGACGGCGUGAACUUCGCAGAGGUCGUCCUGCACAUUCAGGUCCAACCCAUAAACGAUGAGCCUCCUCAGCUGGGGUGGGGUCUUCACCGGGAGCUCACCUGUAAGGAGGGGGGCCGGAUCCAGCUGACUGUGGACUACCUGUCCGCCACAGACCGCGACAGCGACGACUCCAGGCUGACCUACAUGCUGGCCCGGACCCCCAACAGAGGAGAGCUGCAGAGAGACGGACUCGCCGUGGACAAGUUCUCCCAGCAGGACCUGCUACAGGGACACGUCUACUACCUGCACUCAGGAGGAGAGAUCGGUCCAGAUCCCGUGACCGACAUCGUCACCCUCAUCAUCUCUGAUGGCGAGGCUGGCCUGAAAGAAGGCUGUUGCCAUGGAGAUCCCCCACCCCCACCUGUCCCACUCCACGGGACGCUUCCUGUGUAUGACCUCAACAUCACAAUUCUACCGGUCAACAACAAGGUUCCCAUCAUCACUCUGGGUGAGAACCUGCUGGUGGUGGAUGAAGGCUCCUACGUUUGUCUCUGUGGAGGAGUUUUGGGAGCGUCAGACCCAGACAGCCCCCCCGAGCAGCUCACAUUUCAUCUGGAGACUCCGCCCCUCUAUGGCUUCAUAGAAAACACGCUGCCAUCAGACGGCUCAGAGAAAAGCAACGCAGGAGUGCCAGUGGAAUCCUUCAGUCUCUCCCACCUGACCUCUGGCUUCAUCAACUAUGUCCAAUCUGAGCACAAAGGGGUGGAGCCAACUGUUGACCAGCUGUCCAUCAGUGUGACUGACCGUGUGCACACCUCUGCUCCGGUCCUCUUUUACAUCAUCAUCAGUCCAACCAAUGAUGAGACUCCUUCUCUGAUGUUUGCUAACUUUACCGUCAAGGAGGGCGGGUUGAGGGAGCUGACGCCCUCCAUACUGGAUGGAUUUGACCUGGAUGCCCCUCCAGAUGUGCUGACCUUCACAGUGGAGCGGGGGCCGGCUCACGGCAGCCUGACCAGCAGCAUCCACGGUUCAGAUAUCAGCCACUACCAGCAGAUGGGGAAGGAGCUUAUGCAGAGGAGUCUCCACCUGUCCUCCUUCACUCUGCAGGAGCUCCGACAAGGCAUGAAGCUCUUGUACAUGCACGAUGACACGGAAACCCUGGAGGACACCGUGGUGCUACGGCUGACAGAUGGCAUCCAUACAGUAGAGGGGACGGCUCAGGUCACCGUGAUGCCGGUCAACGACAACAAACCACGACUGCUCAAGAAUGCAGGUCUGGAUGUGAACUUUGGUGAACUCAGAGUCAUCUCCAGUUUGACUCUAGAGGUCGAGGACUUGGACACGCCCCCUGACCAGGUCCUCUUCAUCCUGAAUACUGAGCCCAGAUUUGGAGAUUUGCUGCUUAAGACAGAGUUGGGUUGGGUCAAACUCUCAGCGGGUCAGAACUUCUCUCAGGACGACGUGGAGAUGAACCGUCUGUGGUACAAACACGGCGCUGGCGUUGGCGCUGAUUUCAGAGGUCGCGACAGCUUCCGCUUCACUCUCAGCGACUUGGACAACCAGGCGCCGACUCAGACCUUCUUCAUCUCCAUCCACAGGGUCCACAAAGGUGAGAUUGUGCUGCGGAGUGAGCCGGUGUACCUGCAGGAAGGGCAGCGAGUCGUCCUAAACACCGACAUACUGCUGGCGUCUGACUCAGCGGGCCGACCUGAUGAGCUGAUCUUCAAGGUGUUGGUCCCGCCUCAACACGGUCUAGUUCACGGCGUUCAGCAUCCGGGAGUGCCGCUGACCAGCUUCACCCAGCUGGAUGUGGCUGCACACCGAGUGUGCUACACCCACGACAACAGUCAUGACGGCGAGGCCGACUCAUUCAGUUUUGUCGUCACCAACGGAGACUCAUCCCGCAGCAGUGCCCUCGUCUUCAGCAUCCAGCGCAGCGACCGCAUCCCCCCCACCCUGCAGCGCAACAGCGGCCUCCGGCUGCGGGAAGGCUCCACUGCAGCCAUUAACAGCCAGCACCUGCAGCUCACCGACCCUGAUACCACCGCCGCCAACCUGAGCUACGUGGUCACCCAGCUGCCCCGGUACGGUGAUCUGCUGCUGAGAGGAACCCCCCUGACGUCCUCGCCGCCGCGCUUCUAUCAGAGGGACGUGGACGAAAUGAACCUGGCUUACCGGCACAACCCGAGCAGCCCAGCAGAGAUCGACAGGUUCCACUUCCUGCCUGGAGACGGAAGUAACCGAGGGUACCUGGAGUUUGGACAGCUGAGGGAGGAGCCUGCUGUGUUCCACAUCCAGGUGGAUCGCGUGGACCGGACCCCUCCCAGCCUGACCAUCAGGCAGAGCCCCAGCAGUGUGGUGGAGGUGAGAGACGGUCGUUCCGGCAUCUUCAUCACCAGCAGACACCUGCAGGCCUCUGAUCCAGGCAGCUCAGCGGAGCAGCUCCAGUUCUUCAUCAGUAGACCUCCACGCCACGGAUACCUGGAAAACGCCAUCACAGGAGCGUUCAUCAGGAGCCGCUUCACGCAGCGGGACGUGGACCAGCGAGCUCUGCUCUUCAUCGUCCCUGCAGACGUGGAAGUGACGAGCGACAGCUUUGAGGUCCAGCUGAGCGAUGCGGCAGGAAACAGCGCUCCGCCGCAGGUACUGGAGCUGUUCUGGUCUCGGGUGGAGCUGUCAGCAAGCUGCUACAGAACAUGUGAGCUAGCAGGAACUCUUCAGAUCCAGGUCCAGCGCAGUGGGAGGAGCUUCGACCCAGCAUAUGUCGCCAUCCAGGUGGAGGAAGGAUCAGCCAAACCAGGCAGAGACUUCACUCACAGCUCCGCCGCUCUGAUUCAGUUUGAUCCAGGCGUCAACUUAAAAACCUGGAACAUUUUCCUGAUCAACGACGGUCUGGAAGAGAACCACGAGACCUUCACCGUCUUCCUGAAGAAUCCUCAAAACGCUGUUCUAGGACAGACAACAUCUGCCACUGUGGAGAUCAUCGACCCCAGACGAGGAAGGUGCAAUCCAGAAGACACAGAGGUGGACAAGGACCGGCGACCUCCUACUCCUCAUCUUCCUGACCCCAGCCCACCUGACCUAAAAGAGGAGGAGGACCCCGUCAUCGAGGUGGAGACAGAGAUGCUGUGGGAGGGGGAUCUUUUCCCGGCCAGAGGGGACGUCCCGGACCGCCACCCCCUCCUGGACUCUGAGGUGGAGCCUCAAGACCAGGCGGCUCCCAGUUACAGAACAACCCCCCACCACAAGGAUCGCCAGAUAGCAGACGGGGGUGCUCACCGUCUGAUGCAGGGAGGUCAGAAGGUGCUGCCGUCUGCUCAGAGGCGAUCUGAAGACAGAGUCUGGACGAUCCAGAGUCUGACUCCUCUCCAGCUCGGGGGGCCGCUGUUGGGAGGAGCAGAGGGGAGAUGGUCACUUCACAGUGGCCUCCAGCAGGACCAACAAGCUGCAGACGCUCCUGGAACGGAUCGUCCAGCAGCCGGACAACAGCUGGAGCUGCACCAGAACAAGACAUCCAGCAGCUCCUGUCCUGAGGGUUGGACGCUCUACAGGGGGCGCUGUUACUCCGUCAGCUCGUCUGUGGCGAGCUGGGCCAGUGCCGACAGAACCUGCUCUUUGCUCUUCAACAGCAGCCUGAGCGGCGCUCAGUCCAGGAGAGACGUGUCCUGGCUGUGGAGGUUGGUAGGGAGGAGGCCUUUCUGGAUGGGUUUACAUGAAGGUCUGGCCCAAUGGAACCAGGCUGACAGUCACCCCUCCUUCAGGCUGACGGGGGCUCACUCUGAGGAUGGUGAUGGUCCCAACUGCAUGCUGGUCAAAAACCCCAGGAGUUGGGUUUCUACUAGCUGCUCUGCUGACAUUCAGCAUCCGUUCAUCUGUUCAUCACCAGCGUCAUGAGACUGAAACGCUCUGGAACUCCUGCCAGCAUCACAUGAUCGUGUCUCCAUCUGACAUCUGUCAUAACGUCAUAAUAAAGAUACAGAAUAAACAACAAUUAUGUGUUUUCAUCAGCACACACAACAGUACACUCUAUGGAAAGCCAAAUUCAUGUAAGCAUCUACAGGAGAUCAUUCAUUCAAAUCUCUGAACCUCCAUCUUCAAUGGAAGGAGGAUAAACCUUCAACACCCGCAGAAAAACCAAACAAAAUAUGCUUUUAUACAAUAAACAUGUUGGUUGUAUUAGGCUAUGGUUACAAAUACACCUACCAUCGCGGGAUGGGGAGGCAUCGGCAAAAAUGUCAAGAUUUUGUGCCACUGCCCUUUUUUUUUUAAAUCUGUUGGCGUGCUCAUGAAUGUAGACUUGGCUGUCAGGUGGCCGUCCGGCGUGCAGAAUGACCUGCUUUUUAUAUCCCCCCGGGGUGGUACUGGAUAUGGAUGCCGCCGUCUGGACACAUUUACACAUCGUCCAGUCAGAGCUGCCGCCGGCUGGCGAUCUGCCCCUCAGAUGUUGUCCAAUUUCGUAAUGGCGUCAUCGCCGCCUGUCUCUGGACUGACACUGACAGAUAAAAUCAUCAGGUCACCAAAAAAGUUGAACUUUUUCUUGAAACCUCUACGGUCACCAUUUAGGUCACAGCAUGGUGGUGUUUUGGGAUAUGUCUUAUCUUAUGUCCAACUCUGUAUGAUUACAUCACAUGAAAAAACAAAUGUAAGCUCUUUUUUCCAGUAAAUGUGACUUUUUCCACUGUUA